UUGUGUUCUUCUGCCGUCUCAUGGAAGGGACUUCAUCUAAAGCUAUUGUAAUUCUUGCAACUGGAGACUGUCUUGGAGUUGCACUAGGAGAGCCAAAAGCUAUACCAUGGACACAAUUUUCUCCCAUAAGAUGUGGAGCUGAUAACUGGGCGCAUUUCGAUGUUCGCCCAAAGGACAUUGGCCUGUGGCCUAAAAAUCUGGGUUGGGUUAUUGGACCUAUACAAUUAUUGUCAUGCUUUUUAAAUGAUAAAGGGCCUUCUUUAACUAAAUUGAUUAGAUAGAAAUAUAGAAUGCAAAGGGACAAGAGUUUGACCUAGAGUAUGAUAAUGAUGCUGAGCA